GCUUAGAGAGGGAAAGUAACCGGAGUCGGCCGCUUCGGGCGGACCCGCCCCCUCCCACGAGUUUCCCUGGCCCCUCGGCCCCGCCCUCUCUUUUAUUCGGUUUGCAGUGACCGGAGCUGAAACUUUGCAACCCCAGCGCGCACGCUCUGCGCUCUUCCCUGCCAGUGCGGCACGGGAGGGCGGCGCAGGAGGUGGGACCUGCGCCGUGAAGGCUCCGGGACGCCAGCGCACGCGGAGCGGGGACCCCGGGGAACCAGCCGGCGAGAAGACGGGCCGAGGGAGAGCCGAUCGCGCCUCAGGAGAACUAAGGAAGUGGUCCCGGGCCGGGAGGCUCCCGUGCCGAGCCGAGGCCAGGGGUCUGGGGUCGCAGCCCGGCGUGCCUGCCGCUGCCGUCGCCCAGGAGCAGCAGCUGUGCCCAGGAUCCCGGCGGCGGCGGGGGAAGAAGGAGCUGCAGCUGGACUGUGGCAGCUGGAGGGAGAGGGCCAGGCUCCCCUGGCGGAGCUGCGCUGGGACGACCCGCUGACCGCGGCCAUGCAGCCUUGACGAAGUCGCUCGGGCGCAAGGGAGCAGCCGUGGGCGCGCCCUCCCGGGAAGGGCCACCGGAGCACAGGCAGCAACACUUUAUCUCCGACUCUUCAACCCAGCGAGAGGCGAAGCCGUUUACCAUGGAACCCGUGACCAAGUGGAGCCCCAAACAAGUGGUGGACUGGACUAGAGGGUUGGAUGACUGCCUGCAACAAUAUGUCCACAAGUUUGAACGGGAGAAGAUCAAUGGCGAGCAGCUGCUGCAGAUUUCCCAUCAGGAUCUGGAGGAGCUGGGGGUCACGCGGAUCGGACACCAGGAGCUUGUGUUGGAGGCUGUGGACCUUCUCUGUGCACUGAAUUAUGGCCUUGAAACUGAUAACAUGAAGAACUUGGUUCUGAAACUGAGAGCAUCCUCCCACAAUUUACAGAAUUACAUAAGUAGCCGGCGGAAAAGUCCCGCUUACGAUGGAAACACCUCCCGCAAGGCCCCCAAUGAAUUCCUGACAUCCGUGGUGGAGCUCAUCGGCGCCGCCAAGGCCCUGCUGGCCUGGCUGGACCGGGCUCCGUUUACAGGGAUCACUGAUUUCUCAGUCACGAAGAACAAAAUUAUCCAGCUUUGCUUGGACCUGACCACUACAGUCCAGAAGGAUUGCUUUGUAGCAGAAAUGGAGGAUAAAGUUUUAACUGUGGUCAAGGUUUUAAAUGGCAUCUGUGACAAAACAAUCCGAUCUACCACAGAUCCUGUGAUGAGCCAAUGUGCAUGUCUGGAGGAAGUUCACUUACCAAACAUUAAACCUGGGGAAGGCCUGGGCAUGUACAUCAAAUCAACCUACGAUGGGUUACACGUGAUUACUGGAACCACAGAAAAUUCUCCUGCAGACAGAUCUCAGAAGAUUCAUGCUGGUGAUGAAGUCAUUCAAGUUAAUCAGCAAACUGUGGUGGGAUGGCAGCUGAAAAAUCUGGUGAAGAAAUUGAGAGAGAAUCCCACAGGAGUUGUGUUACUGCUUAAGAAGCGCCCCACUGGGUCUUUCAACUUUACUCCUGCUCCCUUGAAAAACCUACGGUGGAAGCCACCUCUUGUGCAGACCUCACCUCCACCUACGACAACCCAGUCCCCUGAAAGCACUAUGGAUACCUCGCUGAAGAAGGAGAAGUCAGCCAUCCUGGAUCUUUAUAUUCCUCCUCCACCAGCUGUUCCCUACUCUCCCCGGGAUGAGAAUGGCAGUUUUGUGUAUGGAGGGUCCAGUAAGUGCAAACAACCACUGCCUGGUUCUAAGGGUUCAGAGUCCCCGAAUUCCUUCUUGGACCAGGAAAGCCGGAGACGAAGAUUUACCAUUGCUGACUCGGAUCAGUUGCCUGGGUAUUCAGUGGAAACCAACAUUCUGCCCACAAAAAUGAGAGAGAAAACACCAUCUUAUGGCAAGCCGCGGCCUUUGUCCAUGCCUGCUGAUGGGAACUGGAUGGGGAUUGUGGACCCUUUUGCCAGACCUCGAGGUCAUGGCAGGAAAGGGGAGGACGCCCUUUGGUUUUCAGUAACGAGCGCGAUUCCCCCGAUCAUCGAAGAGAGCUCCUCUCACCCAUACCGGUUCUCCAGACCAUGACCGAGCGGGCAUCUGGCGGGUGCAGACUACAUCCGAGGCAGGUGCUACGUCAACUCAGAUCUCCACGGCAGCGCCACGAUUCCGUUCCAGGAGGAAGGCCAAAAAGAAUCGGGCUCCUCAGCUACGAAGUCCUCGUCCACAGAACCCUCCCUCCUGGGCUGGUUUACGCGCCUGAAACUGUUGACUCACUGAGAGGGACCCUGCUCAGGCCACCUGCCUGGCUUCUCCCCAAGUGCCUUGCUUUUAGCAGUGGACAGCCUUUUCCCGUUUCAGCCUCAGUAUUAUGUAGUGACCUUAUGUCAUUUUCUUUUUUUUUUUUGAAAAGUUAUCUACUGCCCUUCUUGGAAGUUUGCCAAAAUGGAUGGGAACAAAUUCAGAGGAUCUUAG